UCUCCUCCAGUGUGACCAGACUUUCGCCACAAAUCCGCUGAAGCUUCUUCAAGUUAUCAUCAUAAACCCAACCAUCAAGUCCACAAAGAAGAAGCCAACCUCUUCCGCCAUGAAUGUCAGUUCCUGCUCCGAUGAGACCUCGUCUCUGAACAGCUAUGUGCUGUUCCAUGGGGGUGAGCACCAUGAUGUAUCCAACCUGGCCAUUCCAAAGACCAGCUGGAUAACCCAACAACGUCCUCUGUAUCCCAUGGUCCCCAAAGAUUGCAUCAGAGAAUCAGUCAAAAGCUGCGAAGCUACCCUGCAAGCAUUGGCCCUCGAGUCCAAUCAAAAGAUUGCGGCUGCUCCAAAACGGUCAUCAGCUCCCGAUGCCGCAUUGGGUGCUUCUUCUGUUGGUGUGGGUGUUCCCUUGACGGUCGAACUGGAACGCCAAGAGAGCACCUUUUCCUGUCUCUCGGCUCAACAUCGUUCUUCUUCUUUGUCCAGCGGAGUGGAAGCAGACCAGGAAGAUGAAGGUGAAGCUGUCGACGAAUCAGGACGACACAGCCAGUACAGCCAUGCAAGUCACAGCCAUGCAAGUGGUGAAAGUGAAGAACAGCCCGAACACAGCCAAGACGAAGAAGAAGAGGAAGGCAGCCACAGCAGCCAUCAGCAGCAGCAACAGGACACUCCAAGCAGCGGCAGCUCCACCACUACACCCAGCGACCCCUGGUUGGAGAUUGUACCAGGAUUCUCCGUUCCCUACGUAGGCACUGCCGCCAAGACACGAAAAGCCAUCCGAAUGCAGCAUGCACAAGCCAUUACCAGAACGACCUGCCUUGGUUGCCAGACCGAACUCAUCUGCAUGGUAAACGUGGAGUUUGUCCUUUGCGUGGUCUGUCAUACUGCCAGCCCUCUGCCAAAACUCAAACAAGGAGACGACGAGGACAACUGCACCAGGGGAAAACAACAGGACCAGGAUGAAGAGAGUGAUGAUGAUACGCCACGAGGGGCAGGCAUUGGGCUUUUGGUGGAAGAGCUGGAACGAACCAUGGAAGGAGCCAGAAGUUCUUGAUGGAAUGGAAUUACAUACAUGUACUUUAGUAGUAUCUAAACCUAAUCUACCGUGCUAACAAAUCU